UCCCGGGCCGUGGAGCUGCUCGAGCGGCUGCAGCGCAGCGGGGAGCUGCCCCCGCAGAAGCUGCAGGCGCUCCAGCGAGUCCUGCAGAGCCGCUUCUGCUCCGCCAUCCGCGAGGUGUACGAGCAGCUCUACGACACGCUGGACAUCACCGGCAGUGCCGAGAUCCGAGCUCACGCCACGGCCAAGGCCACGGUGGCUGCCUUCACAGCCAGUGAGGGCCAUGCACAUCCUCGGGUAGUGGAGCUGCCCAAAACUGACGAGGGGCUGGGCUUCAACAUCAUGGGUGGCAAAGAACAGAACUCACCCAUCUACAUCUCCCGGGUCAUUCCUGGAGGCGUGGCUGAUCGCCAUGGUGGCCUCAAGCGAGGGGACCAGCUGCUGUCUGUGAAUGGUGUGAGCGUGGAGGGUGAGCAGCACGAGAAGGCCGUGGAGCUGCUGAAGGCCGCCCAGGGCUCAGUGAAACUGGUCGUGCGCUAUACCCCACGAGUGCUGGAGGAGAUGGAGGCCCGCUUCGAGAAGAUGCGCUCCGCCCGCCGGCGCCAACAGCACCAGAGCUACUCGUCCUUGGAGUCUCGAGGAUGAAACCCCAGAUCCGGACCCCUCCCCCCUCUUUCUCUUCCUCUCCCCAGUAGUGUUUAUUGUCAUUGGCUCUCUAUUUAAAGAUCUUUGACCCUC